AAGGAGUAAGAAGGUCGCAAAUAUGAUGGAAGGAGAUAAGAACUUGCACGAGCUACAAAAUUUAUCAGAUGAUGAGUGUUGGUCGGUGUUCAAGAAACAUGCAUUUGGAAACAGCAGCAUUGAUGAGCAUUCAAAUUUGGCAUUGAUCGGCAAGGAAAUUGCAAAAAAGUGUGGAGGCUUGCCUUUGGCAGCAACAGCACUCGGUGGUCUUUUGCGCCAUGAACAGAGGGAAGAUAAGUGGAAUGUUAUUUUGACUAGCAAAAUAUGGGAUUUACCGAGUGAUAAAUGCGGCAUUCUUCCUGCAUUGAGAUUAAGUUAUAAUCACCUCCCUUCUCCUCUCAAGAGAUGUUUCAGUUAUUGUGCAAUAUUUUCAAAAGACUAUGAAUUUGAUAAGAGAGAACUGAUUCGCUUAUGGAUGUCAGAGAGUCUAAUUCAACGAUCAGAAUGUUAUGGGCAACAAAUCGAAAUUGAAGAUUUAGGCGAUGACUACUUCCAGGAAUUGUUGUCUAGAUCAUUUUUUCAACCAUCAAGUAGCAAUAAAUCCCAAUUCGUAAUGCAUGAUCUCGUUAACGAUUUAGCAAAAUUUGUUGGUGGAGAAAUAUGUUUUUCUUUGGAAAAGAAUUUGGAAGGUAAUCAACAGCAAACUAUUUCUAAAAAGGCUCGUCAUUCAUCAUUCAUUCGUGGCCGAUACGAUGUCUUCAAAAAGUUUGAAGCCUUUUAUGGAAUGGAGUAUUUGCGUACAUUUAUUGCAUUACCAAUUGAUGUAUCAAGGUCUUAUAAUUGGUUAAGCAACAAGGUACUUGAGGAAUUGAUGCCCAAGCUAAGACGCCUAAGGGUGCUUUCAUUGGGUGGUUAUUGGAUAAGUGAGAUACCAAGUUCAGUUGGUGAUUUGAAACAUCUUAGGUAUCUUAAUUUAUCCAAAACAGAAGUCAAACAAUUACCUGAUUCACUAGGUAACCUCCAUAACUUAGAGACAUUAAUAUUAUCAAAUUGUCAGAAGCUUAUUAGGUUGCCUUUGAGCAUUGAGAACCUAAAUAAUCUUCGACACCUUGAUGUGACUAAUACAAAUGUAAAAGAAAUGCCUCCACAAAUUUGCAAAUUAAAAAGCUUGCAAGUAUUGUCUAAUUUUAUCGUGGGUAAAGACAAUGGUUUGAACAUAAAGGAGUUAAGGAAUAUGUCCCAUCUUCAAGGGGGACUUUGCAUUUCAAACUUGGAAAAUGUAGCAAAUGUUCAAGAUGGAAGGGUUGCUAGUCUAAACAAGAAGGAGAAGCUUGAAGAAUUGACGAUAGUAUGGAGCGCUAGGUUGGAUGAUUCACACAAUGCACGGAAUCAAAUGGAUGUACUCAACUCUUUACAACCACACUUCAAUUUGAACAAACUGAAAAUUAAGAAUUAUGGUGGUCCAGAAUUUCCCCGUUGGAUAGGAGAUGUUUCAUUCUCUAAGAUGGUGAAUGUAUAUCUAGUGAAUUGCAGAAAUUGCACAUCUUUACCGUGUUUGGGGUGGUUACCCAUGCUCAAACACGUAAGGAUUGAAGGGUUGAAAGAAGUAAAAAUUGUGGGUAGAGAGUUUUAUGGAGAGACUUGUCUUCCCAAUAAGCCUUUCCCAUCCUUAGAGUUUCUAUCUUUUUCGGGUAUGUCACAAUGGGAAGAUUGGGAGAGUCCAACUUUAUCAGAGCCAUAUCCUUGUCUCCUUCACCUUAAAAUCGUAAAUUGCCCCAAAUUAAUCAAGAAAUUACCCACUUACCUACCUUCUCUUGUACACCUCUCCAUUUGGCGAUGCCCACAGUUGGUGUCUCCAGUUGAAAGGCUUCCAUCUCUUUCUGAAUUAAGCGUACAGCAUUGCAAUGAGGCGGUACUAAGAAGUGGAAUUGAUCUGCCGUCACUCACCGACUUAAAAAUUGAUGGAAUGGAAGGGCUCAUCCGAUUACAUGAAAGGUGUAUGCAAUUGUUGUCGGGGCUUCAAGUUUUAGACAUAUUUGGUUGUGAUGAAUUGACGUGUUUGUGGGAAAAUGGAUUUGAUGGUAUUCAGCAAUUGCAAACUAGCAGUUGUCUCGAGCUUGUAUCCUUGGGAGAAAAGGAAAAGCACGAGCUGCCUAGCAAGCUUCAAUCUUUGAAAAUUAGGCGGUGUAAUAACCUAGAGAAGCUUCCAAAUGGACUGCAUAGGCUAACAUGUCUUGGAGAGUUGAAAAUCAAUAAUUGUCCAAAGCUGGUGUCAUUCCCAGAGUUGGGGUUCCCGCCCAUGCUUAGACGUCUUGUUAUUGAUAGUUGUGAAGGUCUACGAUGUCUACCUGAUUGGAUGACAGUGAUGAAGGAUGGUAGUAAUAACGGUAGCGACGUGUGUUUCCUUGAAUACUUGGAGAUAGAUACGUGUCCAUCUCUCAUUGGUUUUCCAAAAGGUGAGUUACCCACCACACUCAAGGAACUCAAGAUAUGGAGGUGUGAAAAGCUAGAGUCUCUACCGGGGGGAAUAAUGCACCAUGAUUCCAACACCACCACCGCCACCAGUGGUGGUCUUCAUGUCUUGGACAUUUGGAAAUGUCCAUCUUUCACAUUUUUCCCCACAGGCAAGUUUCCCUCCACCCUUAAGAAACUUGAGAUUUGGGAUUGUGCACAAUUGGAGUCAAUUUCAGAGGAGAUGUUUCACUCCAGUAACAGUUCACUUGAAUAUUUGAGUAUCAAGUCGUAUCUCUGUCUCAAAAUUGUAUCAGAUUGCCUCUACAAACUCAGAGAACUGAAGAUUAAUAAUUGUGAGAAUGUGGAGCUUCAACCUUAUCAUCUGCAAAACCUCACUGCUCUUACAUCACUUUCUAUCUCUAAUUGUGAGAAUAUCAAGACGCCUCUAUCCCGAUGGGGCCUUGCCACACUUACCUCUCUUAAAAAACUCACCAUUGGUGGCAUAUUUCCACAAGUUGCCUCCUUUUCAGCUGGUCAAAGACUACCGCUUCUUCCUACAACCCUCACCUUUCUUUCCAUUCAAGAUUUCCAGAGUCUAAAAUCUCUAUCCUCUCUGGCUCUCCAAACCCUCACCUCACUUGAAGAGUUAGGGAUCCAAUGUUGCCCUAAGCUUCAGUCGUUUUGCCCAAGGGAAGGGCUGCCUGACACGCUUUCACGACUAUAUAUCAAAGACUACCCACUGCUAAAACAAAUGUGCUCGAAGGGGAAAGGGCAAGAUUGGCCCAACAUCGCCCACAUUCCCUUUGUGCGAAUAGAUGAUAAAAACGUCUUUGAGCAAUAAUAAGUUGAGGGAUUGCAGAACAUAGAAGCAAACACCAUUCAACUCUCUCUCAUCUUUACAUUAAACAAGGAAGUGCCUUUUGAAAUGGCUUGUAGCUUGGUUUUCUCUUCAAUUUGACACAAUUCUAAUUCUCAGUGACCAUUGAAGUUGAAGAGGUGAUAUGUGAUACUUACAAUGAUAAAAAGGAUAAGAGAGGAUCCAUUUAUUCCAUUCAAGGAUAGGAGGAAUAUUUAGCAAUAGCCACUGAGUAGAGUUCAGGCUGACAUACAGAGGAGGCUAUACUAGAAGCAAAUGCAAUUUUUUAAAGUUCAAUUGUUGUGGUUCUCAAAGAGGAUGGAACUCCAGGUAUUAUAUCAAAGACUUCAAAGUAUGGAGUGAAUGCAGCUAGUUCCAGUUGUCCCCUGUUGCUCUCUUUUUUUUUAUUGUUCUUGAGUGUCAACAGGGGACAAAGAAUAACCCAGCAAGGCUAUAGUGUCAAAAGGAUUGGUCCAAAGUAUCACAGGCUCCGUACACGUGGUCCUUUUAUCGUGCUGAAUGAUUGGAAUUUUCCUCCUAUAUCAAAGGCUCGUUGGCACUUUACUACUAUUUUUUAGUCAACAAAAAGAGGAUAAAGUACAAUCUAGCAAAAUUGUGGUUUAAAAGGUGCAUGUCCCAGGUGCCAGAGUAUAAGUAUUUUUCUUCUUGUUGAAGGGAAUUCGGGUUUUAUAUUUGGAGGCUCCAAGUCUAUAGUGAAUGUGGCAAAUUCCUGUUGGCACUUUUUGUUUUUGUUUCUAUUGUUGAUGUUGAGAGUGUAGAAAGAGGAUAAACAACAGCAUAGCAAGAUCAUGGUGUUCCCUAAGCACUUGCUACAGAGAGGAUUUUGGCACCAAAAUUAUCCUUGGACACUGCUUAGUUUUUGCCUGUCUACUGCCUGUCUUCAGUAGGCAUGAACCUAUUUUUUGUACUAUCUUGGAGAAGCUGCCAGUAAGACUGAAUAGUCACACAUCUCUUGGAGAAUUGAGAAUCACACAUUUCUUUGGGUUCUUUCUGAGGACUGGUGGAUGCGCAAUGCUGAUCCAGCUUUCCCCCUUUCGGAUGUCUUUCUAACCAUUGUUAGUAUUCAUUAAAAUGACCUUUAUCAAACAUACAGAUUUUUUCAAGUCAGUUACAACUUAUGCAAACCUUAUGUAACUCGAAAUGCUUUAUUUUUAAACCAAUACAUUUCUACUAGCAAGUUACAUGUUUUUCACUACAUUUUUUUCCAACAACGAGAAAGGGAGGCAUUUUUCUUGGUGGCAUACUAUGAUUCACAGAGUAUAAACUCUUGCAGAUUGAAAGAGAGACAAUUAAAUAUCAUUCAACAGUGAUCAUUAUGCAAGAAGGCCAUAAAUUGAAUCUGAUAAGAUGGAAAAUGUGUUUCAGGACUUAUGUUCGUGCAUUAUAAGGAAUCCAGUUAAUGAGAUUUUGCCGACAAAAAACCAGAGACUUUGCGUCUUCUGUUUCACUUAUGAUACUAUCGUUGAUUGGUGAACUGGGAAUGUCGUCAAGAACUUUGGAGCUUGACCAUCUGGCCUUUUUCAAUUCCUUAGAGAUUGGAGAACAAAUUGCAACACGGUCUCAAAAUUUCGGAACAUCGGCAUUAACACCUUUCUGGGACUCAGAUUUCUAAAUGGAAUGAUGCAAGGCAUUGACACAUUCUCAGAAUUGUUUGGGAUUUCUAAAUGUGAUCUUAGUGCCUUAAUGAGAGGCCAACUUUCUUCAAUAUUGCUAAAAAUUGCAGUCUGUAUAUAUUGGAUGGGCAUCAUUCCAUGGGCAAGAUAUGUAUGUUGCUCUAUCUUGACCUCUCACUGUCUCACAUCCUAUUGCCUGAAGCUCCAUUACCUGCCAUAAUUAAACACCUUUUUAUCAUUGUGACAGAAUAGGUUUUGCCAUAUGGGGAGACGAUUUACAACUGCUGUGCCUCUUGAUUUACCCUCAAGCAUCUAGCCUCGCGUCAAGUAUUUGGAAUUAUCUAGCUGAUCACCAGACUACCUUCAACUGACCUCAGGGACUUCGUACGAAGUAGACUCAAUGCAAGUGAUUCAGAGUCACCCCUACCUAAUCCAUCUCCAUGUGUCUAGGAAAACGAGGUCCAUCAGAUGUUAUGGCCAUUAUCUCAUGGCACUGGAUGUUUUGAACCAGAGUCUAAAACGAAGUCAUCACUGGAUGUUAAGGUCAUUAUCCCAUUGCAGUGGAUGUUUUGAACUAGAGUUUAGAACCAAGUCAUUGACAAAGGCCACAGUGAUGUCAUUGAUUUUAUUCUAAACCCAUAAAAAACAACAUGAGAUUCACUUUGAUUUCCAGUUAUGCAAGAUCUAUAUGAGCUCAAUUGUUUUGAAACUUGAUUCAUGAAUGCCAUGCUGACAUUCAGUUCA